UACUGAUUUGGUGGUCGGCAGAAGACAUGUUAAAUUGUUAACUUUUCACACACUUUAAACCUCGGCACGUCUUUUGCUUGAGAGAAAAACUAAAGAACCUCUCGCGCCUUUUAACUUUUCCCUCUCGUAUCAUUUCCCAAAAUCAAAUUUAAAAUUUUCUUUCUUCCCACCUUCCAAAUUUCAACCCACAUAAUCAAAUUUCUAAACGCUCACUCUCAUUACUGGAGCAAAGUCUAACCGCAAUAGCUACAUGGUGAGAAGGACUAGGGCAAUGAAGAAGGAUGAUGAUGCGUCAGGUACUAUGACAGUUAGGGCGGAUAUGGCGGCGGCGGUCGGCUCUCCACCUUGCAGAAGACACCAACCGUUCCAAUCUUCAUCACCAUCUUCCUCCGUCGCCACAAAUUCCCCCUUUGAGAAGCUAUCCCACGAACUGUUCGUAGAAAUUCUCCAAAGACUCCCUCUCAAACUCAUCCAUCUCUGCAAGUGCGUUUCAAAACGCUGGUAUGAUUUGAUCUCCACUCCUCAUUUUGCUCGAUGUUAUGUCCAGAAUGUUCAUCUUUGGCACCUCCUUUUGCCCUCUUCUACCAGUACAAUGAUCGUGCAGUCCAUGAAGUCCAAUUAACAUCCGUAUCACCCAUUUUUGAAUGUCGUGGGUUUUCUCUAAACUUCCUUCCAUCUUCGAAUCCAUCAUCAUCAUUGGAGGAUCAACUUGAACCCGAGCCAGUUUGUUACUUAGCAUCAAGCAAUGGCUUAGUAUUAUGCUCUGCAACCUCAAUUUUUCAAAGGGUUUACUAUGUAUGCAACCCCCUCACAAUGCAUUGGGUUGAGCUUCUUCCACACCCACUUGCCAAGAAAGUGUCAUCAUUGGAUUUGUUUGCAAGCCAUAUUAUUCUUUUGAUGAUACUACCUGCACAACUAACUUCAGAGUGGUUAGAGUCCACCGAUUUGAGCCACCAAAACACCCACCACCAGGUUUGGCCACUCUCAAAUUGGAUAUAAUCUCUUCAGACACAUGGAAAUGGACAGAAAUCAUCUUAUCAACCCGGGGGCGUAACUUUAUUAUGUCUCGUGACCUUUCUAACGCUGUGGUUUGCAAUGGAAUACUCCACUGGUUGUUUCUUUAUAAAGGCAAGAUCUUUGCCUAUGAUCCAUUCAACAACACUGAUCAAUUUCGUAUUAUAAGGCAGCCAAAGGACAAAUUUCCCACGGCCUGUGAGCGUCACUUGGGCAUUAUAUCGACCAUUAUUGUUCCAUUCUAAACAUUUGGGAACUCAAGGACAACAAUGGGCUUGAAUGGUCCUUGGUGCACAAUGUUGUUCUGGAGAGGAUGGAACCGGAUUAUCCUCUCUUUCGUGUGAAAAUACUACCUCUUCAUUCCAUUGAUGGAGACGUUAUAUAUCUAUUUAUUAGUAAUUAUCAUUAUAGUGGUAUUCUACUCUGCAACAUGAGGACUAGAACUUUGAAAAACGCAUGUCCUAACUCUUUUUCUUUAUCCUGGGUUCGGCAUUCAAUGGCCUUUCCCUUUGUGCUCCCAUGGUGGCCUACAUCAGUUCCUCAAUUCCAACGGAAUGCACUCAAAACCGAUGGACAAGGCAUCCAACUGUCAGAACCUAGAAUUAAUAUCCAGUCCCAAGAAGAUCAUGAUAAUCCUCAACAGGAGGCUGCUGAGGAACCUACUCAAGACCAACUUGUAGAUGAGCAAGUAGUCCACGAGGGAGAUGUUAGAGGUAAUGAACUCCAAAUUGAUGAAGAUGACACUAGCGCAUGUCUUCUGGGGUCACAAGAAGUAGUUUCUAAAGAAACCUGUCAAAAUCAAGAGGAGGGAACGAGUACACAAGCUGAAGGCAAGGUCAGUCAGACCACCUUGGUACAUAUUUCAUCCACGGCGACUCAAAGCCAAUCAGUUAUAUGGCGAGGAAUAUCCUUGACUCAAGAACUUGCAACCAUUCUUGAGGAAGUCUCCCUUUUGCAUCCUGAGACCUUCCAGUGUUUGGAGAAGAAGUUUCUGUUCUUCAAGCAAUUUGUUUUUGAGUCUGUGGGCAAAAUACUUGUUAUUCUACGUCAGUUCUGUUGCAGAGAUGUUUCAGCAUCUGAAAUUCAGUUUAUUAAAUCUACCAUGUAUGACUUGAAGGAAGCAAAUAUUGAGAUCGAAUGGCUUGAAGGCCAGUUAAAUUUGGCUGAGAUGAAGAUGGCAAAGGAACAACUUGCUGCUGGAAUGGAGAGGAUUCAGAAGGAUAUAGCUGAGGUUGAGGAGGUAGCUACACGUCUGAAAGGGGAAUAUGUGACCAUGAAGGAGAAUUUUGAUGCUAUAAGGGACGUUGAUGUGACUCAACUUGGUUCUGGGUAAUUUUAAUUCUUGUUCAGUAGUUUGUGAUGUCAAGAUAAUGACUUUGUUCGAUCAAAUGAAAGAACUCGAUUUCCUGUAUGCUGCUAAUAUUUUUCUUGAGAACAAGUUCUUUGGUUGCUUGCAAUGUUUCACACUUCACCUGUUUGUAAUGUGUGUUUUAGUUUCCGCUACUUAGCAUUACUCGCCACAAUAUAUCAUUGAAAUCAACUUAUAUUGUA